AGAGAGAGUCAGUGAGACCAGAGGUUGACAAGUUUCCUGUCCCUGUGCCUGGAAGGUCGUUUAUUCAUGGUGGAGAUUUCCUUAUCUUGGAUCUCUCUGUCCUCCCAAGUCUCAGACUUUUCUUCUCUCUCUCUCUCUCUGAUGUGCCUUCCACCUUGAUGAAGAUCUGUAGCCUCUUUUUCUUCAAAUGGUCUUCACUACUGCUUCUUGAUCUAUUCCUUCGCUCCUCCCUCUCCUUCUCUCUCUUUCCUUUCCGGAUUGACCGCCACUUAAUCGGUUACACAGUUCCUCGGAUGCUUCGAUGGAUUGCGGACUUGCAUUUUGUGAUACAUGUUCUGGCUUGAGAUGGAGAGCUUUGAUCUCCUCAUCUGGGGAUCUCGUUUCAGCACUUUUGCAGGCAAAAUAGCAAACAAACCAAGGUCAUCUUCCCAGGCAUGGAGCAUAUAAAAGUUCUAAGCUUUGCGGAAAAUAGUUAUAGGUGAUGUGCAAGUUCUAGAAGUAGUGAAGCUACCGGUAGUUGCUUUGCUGGAUACUUUCUACUGUGAGUGCCACUAUUGCUGGGAAUGGGAACAAAGGUGCAGUGUAAAAGCUAUCUUCCAGGAUAUCCAAUAAGUGAUCUACAUGAGGAUGCAAACUACAGUUGGUCUCGUUUUUCUGAAGAUAAAACAUUCAGCAGGCAAAUGCACAAUAAUUUCAAACUAAGGGGAGUUAGUAGCUGGUUAGACUAUGACAAAGAAAUGUUGAAGCGGACAAUGCUGGAACAUGAAGCUAUAUUCCAGAGACAGGUUUUUGAGCUACAUCGUCUUUAUAGAACACAAAAGGAGUUGAUGCAUGACAUUAAGAAAAAACACCUGAAUGAAUUUUCUGGACCAAUGGUGAUAUCUAGGUCAAGUAUGUUUGCAUCUCAGAUGCAUCCUGAAUUUAGCGAAAGUGUAUGGCAUUUACCUCACCCACCUCUACUAAGCACUUGUCAGAGUACAGCAAAUGUUACAGAUGUUGAUGACAGGAGAAACUUCUUAAAUUUUCUCGAAGAAAGUGCAACACAAUGCAAUUCAAUUUCAGCUAAAAAUGGAGGGUUUGUUAAGGAUGACAGACCAAAGGAGGCUAAGCUCAGUAGAUUUCCUAGAAGAAUUCUGGACCUUCACCUUCCUGCUGAUGCUUAUAUUGAAAAUGAAGACACAGAACAUACAGAGGGUAAAAUUGAUGUCGAGCCAUGUGCUAUGACUGCUGAGACUAUUAACAUGAUUCAUGGCAUCGAGGCUGACAAUGAGGUAAAGUUGUCUCUUGGCAGCGUUGAGGUUCCUGGCUUUGGAAAAGGUGCUCUAAAAUUAAAUCUGCAUUCAAGAAAUGGUCUACCCACUCACAGUUUUGCUGAUCUGAAUGAGCCUACUGAAGAUUCAUGUGAGAGAGGGACCGUAGGUUCAGGUAGUUGUAAAUUCAAUGGUUUGAAUGUGGACUCCAAACAACUUCAAAGGCCUUGGACAACAAUGAGAUCAAAAACUAGUUCUCCACAUACAAAUCCUUUCAUGGACAAACAUGGUGAUCAAGUGGUUAGCUCGAGUUACCUCAAUGUAGACAGAGCUGAUAAAGGACAGGAACAGCAAGUGUUACACAACAAUUGUGGACAAAGUAAAAUUGCUGUGAGUUCCUACAAUUCUGGCCUAUUUAAUGAGAAGUUUCCAUUGUCAUGUGGAUCAAUAAAGUUGACACUUGAUACAACUCAAGAAAGCCACAUUCCCAUUGCAGUUCAAGCACUUCCAGGUUCUAGUGCAUCUUCAAUGUUGAAUGGACAGAGCAAGAGUUAUAAUGCAGUUAAACAAAGCAACAAUGUUGGUUGUGAGAAAGUACCAUGCAAUGUGGAUCUGCAACCACAGUCGAGACUUGAUAAUAAAUUCUCAUCCCAUGUGAACAGUCUUCAUCAUGGUAGCCAAAUGAAUUCUACUUCUUUCACUGGAACCCACCUUUUACCAUGUAACCUAAGGAUGCAAAGCCUUGGUAACAACAGUGAUACUUCAGAAUAUGCAAACUCUGAAAUCCAUGAACCCCGGAAGUGCUUAAAGAGUUUGCACUUCGUAGAUGUUAAGUAUGCUAAGGAUGUGCAAUCGAACCAGGCUAUCCUUUGUUGCAGCCAAAGUGAUCUCACUGAUCAGCAAAAUUUAAUCAGGAAGCAUCAUGAAUCAUCCAAGGGCAUAAUUUGGCAUAGAGAAAAGCCAUCUCCCAGUGGUUCUACUGGCAUAAAAGAAUGUGACACUCGAUUAGAUCUGCGAUUCAGUAGGGAUUAUUCUCAGCUAAUUUUUACUGAGUUUACAGAAGGAGUCAAGGACGAAGGUCCUUCCAUUUUUGCCGCAAAGCAACCUAUGCCAUCAUUCGACAUCAAGGAAAGCAGAAUUCAAACGAGCCAAACAUCUGACAGCUUGAAUAGUAAAAGAAUUUUUUGCCUACCUGAGAACUCCUGUAGGAAUUUCAGCUACUCAAAUUCUAUUUCAUACGAUGUACACUCUCUAGCUGAUGAUGCAAAGGACUACGGAAAAGGAAAGGCAGGCAGAAAUUUCUAUCCAGGUUUAAGAAACGACAUCAAUCUGAACUCUGAUCUAACGCCUAUCAUUGAUCCUCAGUCGUUUAGAAUGUCAGCUAAAGGUGAGACACAGAUUCCACCAUCAUUUCCUUGGCCAAGAGUUGCUGGCAAACCAACAUGCAAAAUUGAUUUGGAAGCACCAGCUGAUGAACUGGAAGAAGAAAAUACAUUUUCAGGGGCCAAGCUUGUAGAUAUUAAUCACUCAAAGACAACAGUUGAAAUAUCACAAGAGAAGAUAUCCUCUCAAGAUCCUCAUGUCAUACUGGCAGCAGAUGCUAUUGUUUCCAUGUCAAUGAAUGUACAUAAAGAUUCAGAUAAGGUCGCAUGUCACCCCUUUGCUCCGUCCUCAUGUGAUUCCUUGUACAUGUUGGCAGAGUUGGUUACACACGAUGCAGAGUCAAAAGGAAGUGGAGAAGGCAACUGUGAUGCUUCAGAAGAUGAUGGAUUGGAUGUCUUCGAGUCAAUGACAUUGAAGCUUGAAGAACUCAAGGCAGAUGAAUAUUGUUGCAAACCAUGUCGACAAGAAAAGCCAGAGGAUGAGAAGUCCAUGGCCGCAUUGCUUCUCACCAAGCCUCGUAGGGGCCAGGCAAGAAGAAGAAGGCAGAGGAGAGAUUUCCAGAAAGAUGUCCUACCAGCACUUGCAUCCCUGUCAAGGCAUGAAGUGACUGAGGAUCUUCAGGCUCUUGGAGGGGUGACAAGAUCAGGCAAGUCAUGGCAAAUUAGCUCCGCUAGGAGCACGUGCCAAAACAGUGCCAGUUUCCAAACAAGGGGGAGGAGGCGGCCGAGAGACUUGGCCAUCACCGCCGUGGAGGUUACAGACAGUCCCCCUCGAACGCAGCCUAUUCACUCCGAGUUAGAAAAUGAUGGGAGAAACAUAAUGGCAUGGGGAAGGACAACAAGAAGGUGUCGCAGACAAAGAAUGCCAUCAGGCAACGCGCCUGCUCCUCAGGGAUAGAGGAGUUAAAGAAGUAUGGUAGUUGGGAUCAAAGGAAUGACAGUUUUUUUGGUUAAUUGGUAGAUUUAGACAUGAGAUGCACUGUAAAUGUUGGUCUUUAUUCAGGCUUAGUACUAUGCACUUUAAGAAGAAAUAAUUGGCCAAACUAUAUCUCCAAAAAUAGGACAGUAGAAAUAGUUGGUUAAAAGAGCUGUAUAACCUCUCAGUUUAUGUCAAUGAUGUUUAACCUUUGAAAUGAAAUAUAUAGAGUGGAUACUGAGGACAGAUUCAGACA